UUAUCUCGAAACAAAAACCUCUUUUCUUUCCCUCGUCUGAAAAUCCCCUCUUCCUUCAAUUUCAACUCUCUGCUUUCUCUUGACUUUGCUCUUGAUUUUUCGUCCAAGCAGAAGAGGAAACAAGAAAUAAGGGUUUUGUGCUAAGUUUACUUAGAUGAUCAAAAGACUUCAGUUUUAAGCUGAUAAGACAAUUUUUCCUACUUGAAAAGCAAGAAGAUAAGACAUUGGUGCUAUGGGAGGACCCACAUCAUGCUCCUUUACAACUAGUGCCUCUGGAUGUCUUGCACAAAUUUGAAAUUGUGCAACAGCAUGUUGGAGCCAUAGUUUUGCUCGAUUUCCUUUCCCCACUGGAUUGCUGGAACCAAACAGGGCCUUGCUGGUUGAUCGGUCGGUCGGUGGGUCGGUGGGAAUAGUGGGAUAUAGUUUGACAUAAAUCUUAUUCAGAAUUGUCCAUUUCCAUCCUCAUCUGUCAUUGUCAUUAUUUGCAAGUGUCAUCUCAACUUUCCAAGUGCUUGCUACGGAGCUAGCUGCAGUCUUUUUUCCUUUCAAGGUUGAAAACUUUUGGAGUGGCUCUGGAAGAAAAAAAGCUGUAUGACUAAGAGUCCUCCCUCUUCUAUCACUUGUAGAUGUCUUUGCCUUUGUUCUUUACUGUAGUUGUUGUCCUGCAAAAGAAAUAUAUCUGCUCAGUAUUUGACUUACAGCCCUCGUGCCAACCCACCAGCUCAUCUUUUAACGCUUCCUUAGAUCCUUGCUGAUUGGAGAACUUGUGUGCGCCAUAUUGGGUCUAAUAAAAUUACGGUUAUGGCUUCAAAGGAUCUUUGGGCUAAAAUUCAAGACCAUGGGACAGCUCUUGAUGAGAAGAAGACGCGAAUCAGGUGCAAUUAUUGUGGAAAGGUUGUCAGUGGGUUUAGUCGCCUUAAGUACCACUUAGGAGGAAUCCGGGGUAAUGUGGUUCCUUGCGUGCAAGUUCCUAACAAUGUGAUGGAAGUAUUUCGAGAUGAGUUACUUGAAAAGAAUACAGGAAAUGUCAGUAGGGAAGUUGGGGAACUUUGUUCCCCUAACCUCCCUUCAAGGAGAAACUCAUUGCCUCGUCCAAAUUCUGCAGAGCCUUAUCAUCCAGGGCGUACAAAAACUUCUGGCAUGGGAAGUGAAAAACGGCGGAAGAUUGCUGCACCAUCUGAAAACCAUGAAUCUCUGUCAGCCUCUGGUACCAAUAUGACACUUGGUUCUCAAUCAGCUGCGAGUAACCAAUGUUCCUCUUCAAGGGAAUUUCAGAAGCUGAUAGGUAGAUUCUUCUAUGAAACAGGAAUUGACUUGGAUGCUGCAAGAUGUCCUAGCUUUCAGAAAAUGAUGAAUGCGAAGUUUGGUUCUGAACAUACAGCAUACCCGAUUCCUAGCUCUGAGGAUUUAAGAGGGUGGAUCCUGCAGGAAUCAGUGGAAGAGAUGCAACAGUAUGUGAGAGAGAUUAAGAGUUCAUGGAUGAAGACAGGGUGUAGCAUCUUGUUGGAUGGGUGGGAAGAGUUGACAGGUCGGAAACUUCUGAAUGUUCUAGUGGCCUGCCCAAAAGGUACAAUUUACAUUCGAUCUGCAGACAUUUCUGGGUUUGAUGAGGAGGGCAGUUGCAUGCUGGAAUUCCUGGAUGAUGUCCUCAAGGAAGUUGAUGUUCAGAAUGUAGUCCAAAUCAUUGCAAACUCCAAGUCAUCCUGGAUGGAGACUGUUGGCAAACUGGUGAUGGGAAAAUACAAGACACUUUUCUGGACAGUUUGUGCUUCUUAUUGUCUAGAACUUAUGUUGGAGAAAAUGGGGACAAUGAAAAAGGUUAAAGAGACAAUAGAUAAGGCAAAAACUAUCACAAGAUUUGUGCAUAGCCAUGCAACUGUUCUGAAACUUCUGCGAAGUCACACUUCCAUCAAGUACUUGGUUAGACAAUCCAAGUUCAAGUUGACAGAGCCUUUCUUAACUCUUGAGAAUAUGGUCUCUGAACAAGAGAACUUGCAGAACAUGUUUCUUUCGUCUGCUUGGAAGGCCUCGAGAUGGGCUUCCUCAAUGGAAGGAAAAAUAGUGGCUGACUUGGUGGCUGAUUGCUCGUUUUGGACUGGAGCAGAAUUGGUUGUUAAGGCGACCAUACCACUUGUGCGUGUUAUAGACUUGAUAACAAAGAAUAAUAACCCACAAUUGGGUAAUAUAUAUGAGAUAAUGGAUCAGGCCAAAGAAACAAUCAGAGAGGAACUCAGUGACAAGGAAUCUACAUACAUGCCAUUUUGGAAGGCAAUUGAUGACAUCUGGAAUGGACGUUUACAUAGCCCUCUCCAUGCUGCAGGGUAUUUCUUGAAUCCGAAGUUAUUUUAUGUUAAUGAUUUCUAUACAGAUUCAGAAAUUACCAGCGGCCUUCUGUGCUGUAUUGUACGUUUGGUUGAAGAUCCUGGUUGUCAAGAUAUGAUAAGUUUGCAGAUUGAAGAGUAUCGUGCAGCAAAGGGUAAUUUUGGUCAAGGAAGUUCGGAUCUGCAGUCUUCUCUAGAAAGCUGGUGGUUCAAGUAUGGAAGUGGAUAUCCUCAGUUGCAGCAACUUGCUAUUCGAAUCUUAAGCCAGACAUGUACUGGUGGCACAAAAUAUAAUCUGAAGAGGAGCUUGGCUGAGAAGUUACUCACUACAGGGAGGAACCCAAUAGAGCAAGAGAGGCUGGCUGCAAUGGUAUUUGUGCAUUAUAAUCUACAACUUCAAAAUUUCAACCUAGGUAUAGCAAAUGACUUAGCAAGUGAAGACAUUGACCCGAUGGAUGACUGGCUAGUUGACAGAUCACAACCUGUUCUGACUCAGAGAGACCAAGAGAGAGAUGAAUUUACAUGGAAGGAGCUGGAUUGUGGUUACACAAUAAAUGGCAGAGUGGAAGGUAAUUCUGGAUAUUCUAAGUUUCAUCCUAAAAAAGAGCCCCAUUCAAUUUGAGUUUUGGACAGGCAAAAUUGAUUGCAGAACUCUUAAUGGCCCUCAACAUCGGUCUGUGUACUUGUCUGUUGUGUUCGUUUAUGUCUAGUUUAGUUUAGCAUCUUUUAAAGAUAUAGGCCUGUAAUAGGUUUAAAUCAUCAGCAUUUUUGUAAUGCACAUCCUUGGCAAAUUUGAGAGGCAGAUUAUCGGGCCUGUCUUUUCGGGACCAAGAUUGCUGCUUCAGAACUUCUCGUGUGGUAGUAACAGAAGGCAGUUGGCUAUUGUGCACUAAAAGGUGAAAAAUCAUAUACUGUUUCACAUGUUGUAGUAAACAAAAUAAUGUUGGAAUUUGGAAGCUUUGGCUAAUGGCUAAUAGUUUGAUUGCAUAGGUAUAUUAUAUAUGUUUUAACAUGCUAGUCGUUUUGUUUUCAUACAGUUUGAAAGAUAAGGAAGCCUUGGUAGUAAUUACUUUGCAGUGACUUUGCAAGCCAGAAAACAGCUUGAAUGAUCUUUGUUCCUUUCAGUAUGUUUAGUGAUUAUGGUUACAUGUUUAGCGAAUGAUCUUGGUUCUUGGGAUGAAACUAGUGCUUGAUGAUUUGGAGGAUGAAGAGGUGUUUUUUAAGUGAGAGAGAGCGGUGGUUGAAAUGGAGAUAUAUUUGGUCUGGAUUGUUCCUUUUAGUGAACUUUUGAAUGUGCAUGAAGAGUCUUACUUCUUACUCUCUUCUCAGAAUGUGCAGAUUCUCCGAGUCAAGAGUGCUUCAUCCUAGGGGUUUGAUUUUGAUCAUGGAACUACACUUUAUCCUUUGCUACUUGGAUGCAGAGACUGGACACCCACGUCCCAUUGGUUCCUUCUAAUACUCUGUUUCCUAUGGAAUAAUAUAUGAUUGCCAGAAUGUACCAUUGUAGAAUAAUAAACUGUUCAAUAUCUCGAGUGCUAACAUCUGUAAAUGAGCAUUUCCAAUGUAGAUAGUAGUUACUUUAGGUUGACCCUUAUGAAACUUUUGCAGAUUGAGUCACAUGAUCAAGAUCAAGAUGCUAUCAUCGAGGGCCUCAACCAUUAGUUAUUUGGUGUUCUGGUUCACAAAGAAGAAAUGUCAAGAUUGCACCAUUCAUUUCAUUUUUUUUUCAUUUUUUAUUUUUAAUUUUAAACCAUCAGUUAAUGGUAAUAGUUCACAAAGAAGAAAUGUCAUGAAUUUCAUCA